CUAGGAUAUUGCCUCAUGGACUUGGCUAAGAAGGGAUUGGUCGAUGAAUUGAAAGUGGAUAUGUUCAACUUGCCACUAUAUCUCCCAUCUCCUAAUGAGAUAAAGACCCUGAUGAAGGCAAAUGAACAUCUAAAUGUUCAGAGACUGGAGAUAUUAAGCAUUCCAGGAAAGCAUGUGGUUUUCUCCAACCCUAGUGGAAUUGCUUUGUACCUCAGAGCUGCAUUAGAGGGACUUCUAGAGAAACAAUUUGGAAGUGAUAUCAUGGAUGAAUUGUUUGAACUGUUUACGCAGAAACUUGCAGAGUCUUCCUCUCUCUUUAACCCUGAGAAUCAGGAUAUGGUUGUUAUUUUUGUCCUUCUCAAGCGAAAUAUGAGAACAUGAAACAAAUUUAGUGGACCUUCUAGUUCUACCUCUGUGAUGGUAGUUGUCUGAGAUUCACGGACAGCAUCAGGGGUAGAAGGGCCAUCAACCCUCCAUCGAUCAGCUCAUGUAAAUGACUCCACGUCCUUGGCAAAUUGAGACGCAUAAGCCUCAAAAAACUUCCAUCUUGGCACCUCUAUGGUGAUUCUUUCCUUUGUUCCAUGCGGGGGACAUGAUGUCUGCAACCUUUUUUGGCACGUCUGAAAGGGAGUGAAGCGCGCAAGACAAGUAAGCAAAAUGAAGGGAUGCCUUUGGGAGCAAAACCUUGUGGAAAUCACCAGGCGCUCCAGCUGCAAGGUAGUGUCUCUCUUGUGGAAGUGAAGCAAAAAGUGUGUUGAAAUCAUUAGAUAUAUGGUCAUUAAAAAAGACUUGAAACUCAGGGACUUCAGAUGUUAAUGUUAGUCCCUCUGUUCUGAGUUUUUCCUGGAGGGCUUCUGUUAUGACUUUCACGGCCGCAAAGUCCUUGAGUUUUGGGGUAUGUGAAGGCAGGAGGGAGGGAUUGUGAAGCAAGACGUUCGGGAUUUAAAAUCUCUCACUUAUGCUAUAAAAAACAAAAAAAAAGGUUCUUCCCAAAAUUCACGCCCUUAAGGGCAUAAAUCUCAAGACGUGGACUUUCUUAUGAGUUUGAGAUAACGCCUUCUAAAAUGGAUACGUGAAGGCACUUUGUGUUUUACCCUUAUUAAAUACGCCCAUAAUAAUAAUGAAGUAGGAGA